AUGCUGUUGCUCAAAUCGAUAGUGCUGAUCUCGCUAUGGGCCAAGUACGCCGGCUGCUCCCAAUCCAUUCUCGACGUACUGCGCCAGGAAAUAGAUUAUUCGACAUGGAAUGAAGAUCUGGAGCCUGUCCUUGCCAACUUGACUAAACAGAUGCGGAGACAGAUCCUUCCAUACGCCCAGGAGGUUCUCUACGAUGACGAGAUUCCGCAAGAGUGUCUUCAGAGUUUUCUAAGGAUCGCCUCAGGGCUGAACGAUGGAAAAGUAUGGGCAAUGAGAUUCUUGGACUCUUCUGGCGGUAUCCUACCCGGCAUGCUCGAUGGUCGUCUCGCUUCAAUGGGCAGCUACGACCAGUGUCUACGGAUUCGAGCACCCGAGAAAAAUGAUCCAAAGAAGGUCGCCUUCGCAGGUCAAUACUGCACAGCUUCAAUCCUGAUGAGACGACAACCGCUCUUACACAGGACUCUCCCCAGCUUCAUCCAGCAGGACCCGAGAAUUUGGGAACUUCUCGGCGGAGGGGAUGUGUCUUAUGUCCUGGACCUGGUAGAGAAAUCUCCCGUCGGAUACCGCGUGGGAAUAUGUCUGCCAUCAACUUGCGAUUCCUCGGUCAUUUCUCAUCUAGCAAAAAAAUUCGUCGGGAAAUACGGAAUCAGCGCGGAUGUUCUAGGAUGCAGGGAUCAAAUCAAGGGACGACCACCGAGCACCGGCACCGUAAUAUGUCUCGUUCGAGUCGCUCGAUGUUUUUCGGCCCGCGCAAACUACCUGAAGAUCACCAAUACCACCCUGGUGCCCGAAUCGAGGAGCUUAGAUUGUGUGCACGGGAUUCGAGCCCUGAGCGCACUAUGGAUUCUCUACGCACAUGUUUUCGUGAAAGACUGGGGCAAUACGGAUAGCGCGCUGACCGUCGCCUGGAUGUUCAAAUCCCCAUCCGGCGUAAUAAUUAAUCAGUCCUUAUUGGCCUUGGAGACAUUCUUCGCACUUCUCGGCUUCACAAUGUACAGAAUUAUCGCUCACGUGCGGAAGCAAACUGAUAUGUCUGCAUGGAAGCUCGCGUUGAUAGUGAUCCUGCGUCGCGCGGUCAGGUUCAUUGUUACGGGCAUGGGAGCCAUGGCCGUAUUCUAUGUUCUGCCUCUCAUUACCUCGGGACCAAGCAUCGACUAUAUGUAUCCGUACCUUGAGAAAUUUUGUAAUGUGAGAUGGUGGUCGUAUGCCAUUUUCAUUAACAAUUUUUGGACAAUGGAAGAAGCCUGCGUCGAGAACCAGUGGUACACCGCAGCAGAUAUGCAGAUUGUUUGCAUACUCAUUCUACCCAUCUGUUUGCUAACUCGGGAGCCAGGCAAGAGCAUCCGAAUCCUUCUAUGUCUCGUCGGGGGCUCGAUGGUGUACGUUGCGAGUCUGACGUAUUACUAUGGCGCGCCUCCGAUAUUUUUUCUGCAACCGGAGCGAGUUAUAGCGACAUUGCAUUUGGCUUUCCACAUGCACACGCAUAGCCUCACCCACCUGAGCCCGGCAGCCGUCGGUGUUCUCGGUGGAUAUCUCAUGGACAAAUAUAAAGAUGUCGAUCUCGGGAGCACUGUGUACAGAGCCGGUUGGAUCUUAUACAGUGCCCUCAUAAUCGCUUUCGGAAUGGCGUCCUGCAUCUGGAAUGAUCGGGGUUACGCCUCAGUAUCGGAGUCGGUACUAUACGCAGCCAUAUCCAGACCGUUGUGGGCUGCGAGCCUCAUCUGGUUGAUCUACAUGUGCUCAUGUGGGAGAGCUCGCUUAAUCCGCUGGUUCCUGAGCCGUCCGAAUUUCAUCGUCCUCAGUCGAUUAUCCUUGAGUUUUUACCUGAUGCAGUGGCCGUCCCUGUGGCUUUCUAUGUUCUCCACACGGAAUCCGUAUUCCGCCUCUUAUUACCAGCAUCUCCGCGAAUUCGUCGCUGAUGCGACGUUCAUCGUCCUGGGGGCUUGGUGUCUGGUCCUAUUAUUCGAAGCUCCGGCAACAGCUUUGGAUUCGUUGGCUUUCCAAUCAGCGCGGAAGAAAGGAGAAGCUAAAUUGAGAGAAGAAGCUGCGACGAAACUCGAAAACAUGCAUCCGAUUCCAUACCGACUCUAA